CGAGCUCUCACCACCAUGCACUGACACAAUGGGCAGUCUUCUGUCUACUUCGCAGCCGAAUCUGGAGUGGAAGUCAGAAGCGCAGUUCGCAAUGGAGUCGUCGUGUUUCUGCGUUGUUUGCGGAUCGCCGUUCGACCUAUCGGGUGACAUUUACAACCUUGACGUAGAGGCGGCUCGCUACAAGGUCAACAUAACGCAUUCAAGACACCAGACAGUGGCUUACGGUGCUCAGUGGAUGCGAAACCACCGCCUUAUUAGCAGCCGACAUGAUAUUCACCACCACAAUUUAGCAGGCCUCUCAGAAGACGACUUUCACUCUGCUUGUUACAACACAUCCGACAGCCCUGAUGUCUUUCUUUCCGCAAGAUCAACAUGGGAUGAUGGCAGCGAACAUCUCUUCCACAUCGAUGGACUGUACCCGGAUACCAACAUUCCAUACAUCAUUACCUUCAACGCGAUGCAACAGGCCCAAGACUACGACACUGUCUUUCCACUACACGAAGAUUGUCUGCAGAUCAGUCGUCGCGUCAUCGACCACCUCCAGCCGGUCGCUUCGGACGGCCAGUCUCGGUCCAGCUUAUCCAUCUUGAAUGAAAUUUUGCAGUCUCGUUUUCGUCAGAACGCAAAGCGCGCCAGAUCUGAUAGUCUCAUCGCAAGGAACGACCUCCUUGAUCUUUGCACUGCAACAGAUAUGAACGGUCCGAGAAGUGUUAUCGGAUUAUCGCUUCUGGAGUGGUGGGAAGGACUGUUCGACGUCAGCAGCCAUACACCGCUCCUCUUGCAAUACUGAUGUAUACACAGAAAUUUUACACAGAUCCAUUAUGCUCAGAAAGUGUCACGGCCUGUGUCCA